UAAUACAAGAAAUGACACAAGAAAAUAAAUAGAAAAAAUCAAAGCAAGUGUAUGGUAGAAAGGAGUUGGAAACCUCUUUCUCCAUGUCCGCGUUUGGAGAGCUUGAUUUGAAUAUUAUUUGCCUUUUUGGCCUAUUUUUUCUCUUUUUAAGCAUUCUAAUCUCAUUCUCUCUAAUCUCACCAAACCAUCUCUCAAAUAUUCUAAAUUCUUUCUCCCACCAUUCUUUUUUCAAGAACUCAAAACAUAACCCUAACGCAAACAAACAAAUAUAUUUCAAGAACCAUUGAUUUCUUUAUAUUUGAUUCAAGAAAAUGACUGUGCACAAAGCUAAAUGGAUAUCUAUGGUGUCCACUUGUUUUAAACCGCACGGCGAUGAAAAGAAAGCGAUAAAACCUAAGAAAGAGGUUUCGAAACAAACUUCAUUCACAAGACUUUCGAUAUUUUCUGAUCUAAGUAACCCUAGUACUUCACUGUCCGAAGAUCUUUCCAUUUCUCUUGCUGGCUCAAAUCUUCAAGUAUUCACUCUCGCAGAGCUGAAGGUGAUAACCCAGAGCUUUUCUUCGAGUAACUUUCUGGGUGAAGGCGGGUUUGGUCCGGUUCAUAAAGGUUUUAUUGAUGAUAAGCUUAGACCGGGUUUGAUAAAGGCUCAGUCUGUUGCUGUUAAGCUUUUGGAUUUGGACGGUUUACAAGGUCAUAGAGAGUGGUUGACGGAAGUGAUAUUUCUUGGGCAAUUAAGAGAUCCACACCUAGUGAAGCUGAUUGGUUAUUGUUGUGAAGAAGCACAUAGACUUCUUGUCUAUGAAUAUAUGCCACGCGGCAGCUUAGAGAACCAAUUAUUUAGAAGAUAUUCUGUAUCGCUACCAUGGUCAACGAGAAUGAAAAUUGCACUUGGAGCUGCAAAGGGUCUUGCUUUCCUACAUGAGUUAGAAAAGCCUGUUAUUUACAGGGAUUUCAAAGCAUCAAAUAUAUUGUUGGACUCGGAUUAUAGCGCAAAACUUUCAGAUUUUGGUUUGGCAAAAGAUGGUCCCGAAGGGUCCGAUACACAUGUUUCCACUCGGGUAAUGGGAACGCAAGGCUAUGCUGCUCCUGAAUAUAUCAUGACAGGUCAUCUGACAGCAAAAAGCGACGUCUACAGUUUCGGAGUAGUGCUGUUAGAGCUACUUACAGGAAGACGAUCAGUUGACAAAAGUCGUCCACAAAGAGAACAAAAGUUAGCAGAGUGGGCUAGACCAGUAUUAAACGACCCCCGGAAACUCGGCCGGAUCAUGGAUCCAAGACUCGAAGGUCAGUUCUCGGAGACCGGAGCAAGAAAAGCCGCCACAUUAGCUUAUAUGUGUCUGAGUCAUAGACCAAAGCAAAGACCAACUAUGAGAAUCGUUGUGAACACUCUUGAGUCACUCAAGGAUUAUGAAGAUAUGCCGAUCGGACCGUUUGUUUAUACAGUUCCGACCGAAACUGAUAAUAAAGAAGAUGCUAAAGAUAUUAGUGAACCUAAGAAAGAAAAUAACGGGCAGCAUCACCAUAAACAUCCGCUUCACAAUGGCCAGAGACGCCGUCAUAAAACGCCGAGGUCGCCGGCGAUUCAUUCGGAAGGUGAUUUGCGUCAAAACCAUAGACAUGGGUUGCACUCGCCUUUGCACCCAAAUGCCAAAGCAGCAUAGAUUUAUUAGUGAAACUGUAAUUACAUUAAAUUUAUUUACAUUAAUCCUAUACUGUAAAUAUCCAUUUUUUGUGUUUUUUUUUUUGGUGAAACUUGCAUAUUUUGACAGUUAAAUUAGGCAUGUAAGUGUAAGAUUAUUGUUUGAGGAAUUGUUUCACUACUUCAUAUUUGAUUCU